UCCCGGAGCUCUUCCGGGUACGGAAACCCACACUUCCUCCUGACAACACGCAUUCCCAAGAAAACAUCCUGGAUAGCGGAUAUCGCGCCGUGCUGCUUGUGAGUGUAAACUCGCGGUGGAAGACGGAAGAUGACCAGAUACUAUCGACAUAGGUGGUUUUAGACGAAGAGAUGUCAGAGAAAAUGCACAAGUCUGUGAUGUUCCAAUUUCAUUUGUCUUCCAGCUGUUGUUCACAAUUGGAGAUAUAGAGCAUUGACAAUCUUCACACUGACUCUUGAAUAAACGAGAUAUUAAGAAAGCGAUUUUGAAUCUGGAAAAAAUGUGGCCGUAUUUUUCUGCAAUUGCUUUUAUUUUUAUUGCGCAGGAGAUCAACGGAGAGCCACAUACGCGUCCAUCCUCAGCGUCGCAGCUGAAUUCAACAUUACCCCCUCAAGAGGAUUCAUUAUACAAUUCUACAGAUGCAAUGGUUGGAUCUCGCAUUUCUACCAUUUUAAGGGAUCUUCCUACCAUCAAGAAUAUUUCGAUUUUCAUCUGCGUACUAACAACCUUGCUUAUCACGUGCCUUGUCAUAAAAAUAUGCAGAUCUGGAAAGAAGAUAAGAAAAACGCGAAAGUAUGACAUUAUCACAACUCCCGCCGAGCGCGUCGAGAUGGCACCUUUAAAUGAAGAAAAUGACGACGAUGAUGAUGACUCAACCCUGUUCGAUGUCAAAUACAGGUGAAUUACAUUGUGCACAUCAUUGUUGAAAAACACCUGGAAACCCCUUUGUGAGCUCAUCCGUACUGGAAAUGUUCUCCCCGCACCUUUGUUUUUGAUCAUCUCCCCAGAGCCUAUAGAAACCCUAGUGGAACAAGUUGUCAAAAUAAAACAAAUAUUUUGAGGUAUAUUCAUCUGUCCUGACAUAACAAACCUAACUUUCAAGCCUUGAGAAAUUAAGUAGAGGGUUUUUUUAUACUCUAAAGAUUUAAGAGACAAACGUUGUCCUCUCUGAUUAUAUAUUCCCUGAAUGCUCUAAAUAUUGCACUUCUGUUUCUUGUGGUGUUUUUCUUUUUACCCUAAAAGCAUUCCAGUAGUUUGUAGAAAGUCAUAUGCAUAAAUUCCCAUGAAUGUUCAACAAUUCACAUAUAAACAUGAUCACAUUGAAGCUUUUUCGAAGUAAUAUUUUUGUAGCAGUAAAAACAUUUGAGUAAAAAAAAAAAAAGGUAAAUGCUAAAAGUUGUGUCAUGGAUAGACAAAAGAAAAGUUAUCAUAUGUCAUUUGAUUGUUGAUGUUAAAUGGAUAUGUUUAUGUUCCAAUACUGAAAAUGUUGCUUCCUUUACUAUAUAGUAUACUGUUUGUAUAUAUGUUGUAUGCAAAUCUUUCCUCAGAAAUAGGUUAUUUUUGGAAAACAAAACUUUUUUUUAUUUAAUAAGAGUAAUAUGUUUCAAACCUCCCUAUAUUUUGAGAAUAUUAUGUAUCUACUAACCACUAAUUGUGCAUAUUUACUGUAUAAGUGUUGAAUGUAUGUGUGAUAGAGGAAGUGUGUGGUUGGGAGUAUAUUGUUGCCAUAUUGCUGCUCUCUGAGAUUGAAGAUUUUUAUUGUGUCGCUUAUACUAAGGCACAUCAAAAUAGCACACAAAAUUAGAUGCAAUUUAACUUGUUUUUACAGUGGAAAACUGCAGUGCCACAUGCCAUAGUGUUUAAACACUUAUUUAGCUGUUAUCCUAUAAAAUAAUCUUCCCCAGACGCACCAGAUUUAGAGCAGCACUGUUUUGGAAGUAUAUUGAUGUAAGGUAUGAUAUGACUUUUCAUUAAACCCAGUGUCACUAUAUUAUCAUUAUAAGGGAUGGCCAAUGUGAAGGACUUGUGUCAGAUCUCUAUCUGUCAAUACGAAUGCUUAUUCAGUAAUUUUACGGCGUAGCUGUUCUUGUUUGAGUUGAAGCAAGAUAUGUGAUGUAAGAAGAAAUGAAUUCUCUCUCCCUCUAUAAUUCCAAAUGCCCAAAAUGUUUCAUACAAUACAAAAUUCAUGCUGUGUAAUUUUGCACUGCUCCAAAGUAAAGAAACAUUUCUUUUUAUGAAAAAGUAUUAAAUGUGAAGAUAAAACUUACAUGCGCCGUUGUCUCUGGUGUUAUUUUGUUUCUUAGGUUUUUUUAUUUGACAAUUGGGUGUUCUGCAGUGAUUGGAAAUUUAAAACAUCUUUGAAAAUAUAUUGAUAAAACCUUCUAGUUUUUUCUAAAAUGGGGCCAGUUGCAUAAACAUAGCCAUCAAUUUAUGACUCAUCUAACAAGUAGUCUGACUAGCUAAAGAUGCAAUAGAAAGCCUUUAGCAUAAAACAAGCUCACAGUUGUCUUUUGACAAGAAGUCUAAUUCACAUUGUAUUGUGGAAGUUAGGACACUGAACAGCUUAAAAAAGUGGCCAACUGUAAACACUCAAUGCAGUUUCCUUCGCUGAAAAUAUUUGCUUAUUAGAGGAAUACAAUGAAUUAAAAUGUAUUCUAAUGAACAAAUUUAGUGAUUUUAACAAAAACAUAAGGCAUUUUGUGACAAUCGUAGAAUUUAAAGCCUUCUACAAAGUCUCAACUGAAGUCUCUACUGGAUCAGUUAUUUUCCAAGGCAACAUAGAAAGUAAAGAGAAGUUACCAUAGGGGUGUGCUUUCUUUGGUCUUAAAUUAGUUUUUAUGCAACUGACUGAAAAAGUUUACCAACAUUUUAGAUGACUACUAGUAAAUCUAGUCUAAAAAAGGUUUUAUGUAACCGGCCCCUGAUAUGUUUGCUAGUUUGAACAUUGGACAGUAAGAAAAUAUAAAAGUAGUCAUUAUAUCGCCGACCAAAUUACUUUCUGAAGAUAGUCAUCUUGACAAUUGUAAAACAUUUGUUUCUGACUUGUACAAAAUGUUAAUGUACUUUUCAUAGUUAACAAAAAUAAAUACAUGAAAUCUUAAUCCAGCAGCAUAUUUAGGAACUGGUUUGAGCUGUAAUGUGAGUUGGCAUUUAAGCUCUGUCCCGU